CUUGAUCUCUAUGAUGUUCCAUGUUGUUUUCCUCUUUCCCGCGUUGCCCCUCUACUUUUACGCUCCCACUUUCUUCUCUUGCUCUGCCCGGCAUAGCGCCAGCUUUUGAACCUUAUCCUCUCAGCGUCGCUCUUUACUGAUGAUACGCGACAGGAUCAGGUCAGGAGCAUAUUAUCGAUAUCAUCAUCCCCAAAAGAAAACUUCCUCCUCAUUGCAGAGGAUAUUUGCGAAUCUGAGAUUCCAAAAGCUCUACGACUGUUUCCAAGGCCGGAUUUGUCUUUCCGACGCAAGAGACCUUCACAUUCCCAUAAACAAUUCAGCACAGGUGGCAGUGGUUGAGGGAAAGCAGAUCCGGAGUCGUAUUUGCUUUUGCCCCCUCCCACACCAUGCCCAACGGGGGCCGGCGACUUUCGCCUGAUUCAAAGAACGCCCACAAUGCCUCACAAUCAACUCCUCUUUCACCGAUCUCUUCCCAAGCCCAAGCCGCCCAUACACAAUGGCGCGAGUCUCGCACAUCAUCAUCUCAAAGUCACUCGUCGAGCUCGAGCGCCCACUAUCAACAUCCCUCUCAGCAAUCUCAUUAUCAUCACUCCCGACCGCCAUCUUCUUCUUCCAGCUCUGGGUCGGCAGUUGGGUACGAGUCCAGGUAUGGACCUCCACAACUGGCGCCUCCUCCAUUAGCGCCUUACGUUACAUCCAACCGGCGGUUUUUCGCACCUCCUCCCGCGCAGGAACAGUGGUUGGGUCCUGAUGGUCGACGUCUUACCAGCCAAGACCCUCGGCCAGCCUUUCCUCCCCUUCAGCGGCCUCCGCCUGAGCAUAUUCUGACGGCUUCUAGCUCCAGAUUGACGCUGUCUAUUCCCCCGCCCGUACAGCCAACCUCAUACUCCCACCCCUAUCCUCCUCCGGCGCCAUCUUCGGCUGAGGAAUCAACCCAGCGCCCGGUUCUUCCGGGAGGUCAUGCGUUGACAUCAAAGCACUCCUCCAUGGUCUCCACCCACGACCACAAUCCACUUCAUCCUUCCUCGUCAACUGUCGUUAGGGCGAAAGGGCACAUGGAAGUGCCCGGAAAAGAAUCUUUCCCUCUGGUCACUGGGUGGCAGGAACCUUCUUUCAGCCCCAACAAGCUCCCGAUGAGGUCUCGAUCUCGAUCCUCGUCUUCGGCUGACUCGGGUAGCACAUCCCGAGGGGGCUCGCAAAGAUCUUUUCGCGACGAAGGGGCUCGAAGAGCUUCUAGGACAAGCAGUACCUCGAGCCAGGUCGAAGAAUAUCGACAGACUUCGGGGAACACCUCUCGAGAAGGCUCUGUUCGGGCAGCGAGUGUUGGUGUAGAGCAUCGCAGAGGAAAGAAGAAGCGUACCCGGGCACUGAUGACCCAUGCUCAACAAGCAGGUCUUAUGAAUAUGUGGAAGCAGACCAAAUUUCCGACUAGUGGAGACAGAGAGGUCCUCGGUCAGCAGAUUGGCUUGACAGCUCGGCAGGUGCAGGUGUGGUUUCAAAAUCAACGGCAGAAAGGCCGAAAAACACUUCUCGUCAACGGCGGUGUGCCCGACGGCGAGGACCCAGCAGACUACGAAGACCUUCAGAAGUCUCCUCGUUCGCGUCGCUUGUCGGUGGAGAAGGAUGAGAGAAUUUCUGCAUGGGCAGGAAACAGCGCUGGCGGGGCGUGGCCGGUGGCAGAUGGACACGCUACUGAGGCCGCGACCCCCAGCUACGGGGCUGGCUACACCUACUUUCCUCCAGCGACUGGCGAGCACCAAUUCCGACACGUUCCCCCCAACACCAAGCCCUUCCCGGUCCCUCCUCACACUCAUCCAUCAGCUCCACUUCCCCCGACUUCCGCACUGUCGUGGAGUCCAAGCUCGCAGUACCCUUCCGUCCUUGAACCACCUCGUUCGUCAAAUUCUUUACCCAACGGAGACAUGACGUACGCACCUGCACCGCUCCCCUCUCGUUCAGGGUUUGUGGAUCCCAACUCUGCGUCUUCGUCUCGGGGCGGAUAUCAUUCCUACGAGCAGUACAGCAGGGGGUACAAUGUCCAUCCUCCUGUUCAGGGGGGUCAUUCCCCUGCCUACAUCCACGAAGCUUCACACCGACGCUCCAUAUCUGAAGAUCAACAUCCUAGUCCGUCCACACUGCCCCCGCCUCCUUCCUCUUUCUCAUUGGCACCGUUUGGUUCUGGCCUUGGGCCGCCUCCUCCUCCUAUUCUGUCGGCCCCAAUCACAACCCCCUCUCUGAGUCAAUCGAGUCGCCAGCGAGCUGAUACACGAUCGAGUGUUCAGUCGGUCCCAUCCUCUUCUAGCACGACGUCAACGCCGGCGUCAACCUCUCACUUGCCCCCGAGUUUGGCUCGUAUCGCCAUCGCGGGCCCGGUCGCUGGUGGUGAUGAUCUUCCCAGUCUAUUGCCAGGGCUGGUCGGGGAUCGUAAAGACGAGGAGGUUGGUUCACCGAGGAAAAGGAAUGCGAGCUGGACCUUGCCUGAACGACGAGUGAAGGGGAGAGCCCAAGAAGAAGAAGAAGGCCCCUCGUCUGGGGUGCGGAAGCUGCUGGAGUGAUGCCUGGUUUGCUUAUUUCAGUCUUCUCAUUCUUUGGACGCCUUGCGCUUCCAUCUCGAAAGAAGUCAUCGAAAACAGUAUAUAUAGCGUCGUAGAAUCAUAGCAUCGAGAUGUUUUUGGGCUCGGAUCUUACAAUGGUCGCUGGAAGGUGGAAAAGCUGUUUCUUGUCUGAUUAUCUUUAUGAUUUAUCGGAGCAUCGGCCAGCAUAUCCUUAUACAAAUAUUGAAGUACUGUACAGUACCGUGAUGAGCGAGCAUUGAUUUACGAAAGACAUGCAUCAAAAGAUCGA